AUGUUCGGACAGUUGUGGAACCGGAAGCAUGAUUUGUGUACGACCAAUGCGGUGGUCGAAUCCUAUGAGACAGUGAAGAAUUGCGCGCCAGAAGCUACAACUAAGGAACUUGAAUGUUAA